ACAACGUUAAAUGGCUCUUGCAUCCCAGUAGAGCCCAGUCGAUACCUUUUCUUUUUCCCUUUCCUCGCGCCGCUUCGUCGUCAUCUUCGCUUUCUUGUUACGAGACCCCAUACAAGACAGCCGUGCACCGUCGCGAGCUGUUUUCGUCUCUGACAAGAAUACAUCAUCCGACAAAGGUCAUUUCGAUCUUCGUCGGACCUCCUCCUCAACCGUCAUCAUGCCCGGAGGCGUUUGUGCCGUCCUCGAUUAUGAGGUCGACAUGAUGGCUGAGUAUGUCGCCGAGAUGGCUACUCGCGUUGUUACCCCCGAGGCUAGCGUCACCUCUCCCUUCCGGAAGUUCGUGUCGCAGAUCCUCACCUCCACGAGACUGCCCAGUACGACCAUUCUUCUUGGAAUGAACUAUCUCGCCAAGAGAAUCAACUCCAUGAAGAGUCAGGGUCCGUACAAGGCCUCCGAGGGUCAAGUUUGGCGAUUCCUCACUGUUUCGCUCCUCCUCGGCAGCAAGUUCUUGGACGACAACACCUUUCAGAACCGAUCCUGGUCUGAGGUUAGCGGUAUUCCCGUCUCUGAGCUCAACACUCUGGAGUAUGAUUGGCUUCAGGCCAUGAACUGGCGCCUCUACGUCAACCUUGAUGAGAGCAAGGACUAUCAGGCCUGGCUUGACAACUGGCGUGAGUGGCAGCAGAUGAAGAAGCGACGAGCCGCCCAGGCGAGCCGCGAGCGCUUGGCUGCUUUGGUCCCUGCCAUCGAUACCGACUUGGCCAGGUACAACAGCAACCGCUGCUCUCCUCACUCGCGCUACAUUCAGGCUCAAAUCGCAGAGUACGAGCGCUACCAGGCCAUGAAGGCCCAGCAGCACACCUACCGCUCUCGCGAGACCACUUGGUCCAACAACCCGUGGAACGCGCCUCUUACUCCCCCGGACUCUGGCUAUGGCACUCCCGAGUACGCCAUGUCGGCCGCCUCUAGCAACGCUCGCUACAACGAGUGGUUCGCUCAGGCCGCAGCUCAGUACAGCAGCCGAUACCCCCAGCCUCCGGCUCACAAUACGUUUUACCCCAACCGUCAACCGUCGUAUGCAUCUCACUACCCGUACCACCACCACAGUGGUUGGGAGCACGGUGUUGCUGAGUGCGGUUGCCCGGGAUGUGUCGAGCCCAUGAAGCAGACGCCUUAUUUCAUGUCCCAUGGAUAUGGCCAACCCGUCAUGGGUUAAUGUUUGAAACGAUUUUCCUUUUUUCCCUUUUUUCUUCCAUCUUCGGGCUUAAAUAGAGCCCCAUUUUAUUCCCUUUUCGGUCUCGGAAAAAAACGGUGCGGAUUUCGAGUUUUUAAUGAUACCCCCGGCACGAAAAAAAGUCCUACACACGCGAUCAGUUUCAGCACGUCUUUUCUACAGCCUGUUUAUGAUGUCACCAUGGCAUGACCAUCACCGAUACCAGGGUGCCCUGUGAACAUACAGGCAUUUCUUGGUGGUCAUUGAUGGUUUCAACUAUAAACAGCAUUUUUUUUUAUCACGGUACAUGUUCAUAAUGGUUUGGUUCGGCGCAGGGUGACUCUUAUAUCACUACAAAAUGUUCCUGGUGCAAAAAGCGAGCUUGGUUCUUCCAGCAGCAAAAGGCAAAUUUUGCCGUCUUUCCGUCCGUCA